UGAUCGAAAUUGACUCGUAAAUCAGUCACUCAUUAUUACUUCCUCAUAAUAUGACAUGAAAAAAUUUAUCCCUUCUUUCGGGAUUAGAGUGUGAUGUUUAUCUCAUCGACUGCAGUAUAUUUAUUGGUGGAGUGCUUCAGACAAUCAGAAAAAUUACAUCGAGAACAGGCCCUUAUCUCAGAUGAUCCAAGUUAAACAUUUGCGAUGUAAUCAUUGUUCUAUACUUUUUUUUUGAAAUAAUAUUAUUAUGAGCUCGACUCAACCUUGACUAAACACGCGUCGCUUUUGAGCUUUUAGUCCAGUUCUGUAUCAAUUUUGGGCAGGAGGACUCUGCUGCUCAUCCAUUAUAUCAUGGCGAAAAUUUCGAAUGUUGGGAAAACGAAAGAGAAGUACAGCUUCGAUGAUGCCCUCACAUUAACAGGAUUUGGACUCUACAAUGUCUACCUCUUUCUCACGAUCGGCGGAUUUCUCAUGUGCGUUAUCAUAGAAACGAUGUCUAUGAUGUUUAUAGUUCCUGCGGCUAAAUGCGACCUAGAUUUGUCGUUGUUCCAACAGGGCCUUCUAUCGUCCAUCAGUUUUUUCGGGGUAGUAUCUUUUUCUUACGUCUGGGGCUUUCUGGCAGAUACAACUGGUAGACGAGGAAUUCUGAAAAUAAGUUUGUUGACCAGUUUCAUCACCAGCAGCAUUUGCAGUAUAGUGGAAACAAGCUGGUUGUUCAUCCUGCUUAGGUUCGUGAAUGGAAUGUGCAUAGGUGGCGCUUCUUCAACAGUUUACGCAUAUCUGGGCGAAUUCCAUAAUGACAGGCUUCGUCCGAAAAUCGUGUCGGGUGUGGCGACCUUUGUGGCUAUCGGUAACAUGUACCUGCCAGGGAUGGCUUGGCUCAUUUUGCCCUACGACUGGAAAAUGGACAUAGAAUAUCUCGAUCUCGAGUUCAGGCCGUGGAGACUGUUGAUGAUAGUUUAUGCCCUGCCUAGUUUCAUAUUUUUCCUCAUGCUGCUGGUCUUGCCUGAAAGCCCCAAAUUCUUGAUGACCCAGGGUAAAUUCGAUGAAGUUUUGGAGAUUUUAAAAACUAUGUUCAGUGUGAAUAAGGGAUUUGACAGGGAGGACUUUAUGGUUUCCGAGUUGAUAUGGGACGAUAUGAACGAAGCGCAGCCCAAAAGUUUUCUGAAAAUGAUCUGGAGGCAGAGUGCACCGAUACUGAGGGCCCCACUUCGCGUGAAAACUUUUGCUGUAUCUCUACUGCAAUUUGGCAUAUUUGCAUCAACUUCUGGAUUGAAUAUGUGGUACCCAACUAUCUUGAACACGAUGUCUCACUUCGGUGAAUUUCAACCAAAUGACGAUUUAACUUUCUGCAAGUCAAUUAGAUGGGAACAAUCUCAUAAAAAUUCAACUUCUUUGGUCCAGGGUAUUCUGAAAGAAUGCAAUGACAACGUGAAAACGGAAGUUUUCAUGGUAUCGCUGGUAAUAGGGAUGGCUUACGCCACAAUGUACAUCUUCAUAGGCCUCCUAAUCAACGUCAUUGGAAAGAAGAACCUCCUCUGCAUCUUCAUCACCUUGGGCACAAUAUCUGGAAUAUUGUCCCAAUUUGUUGUAGGGUAUCAGUUCAUCCAAAUUCUAAUGGGUAUAUUCAUUAUAGGAGGGGUGGAGGUAGCUGUUGUUAAUGCUAUAGUUGUGGAUUUAUUCCCUACUCAAGUCAGGGCUAUGGCAUUAGCCAUGUCUCUUAUGUUUGGAAGGCUUGGAGCUAUGGUUGGGACCAAUAUUGUUGGUCCAGUUAUAUACAACUACUGUGAUUACCUAUUUUAUAUGUUUGCAGCUGAUCACAUAGUUCUUUUAGUUACCAUCUUCCUACUACCAUCCCAUCUACCUCUUCAAAAAAUGGUGGACAAUGAAAUAUAGAAUAAAAAAUCUCAACUUAGGAAUUAUGUAAAUAUUUAUUUUUAUGCAAUCUAAUGUGAUUUUAUCAUUGAUAAGUACAUGUAUUUGUUCACUUAUAUUAUUUAGGCAGAUACUCUUAUAGAGUGUGUUAUAUGAUUACAGUUGUACAGACUGAUGAAAAUAAAAUAUUUUUUAAUGGAAAA